AAAUGUCCAUAAUACCGAAAUCGUGUACUUGUGUCAACCCAAUCACCCAGGAGAGCCGUGCAAGUGAACAGAAGAAAUGUAUCAACUGUGAAGGACAGCAUGCUGCUGAUUCUAGAGAAUGUCCGCGGAUGAAGGAAGAAGUUGCCAUCCAAAGAGUGAGGGACGCUAGAAAAAUUAGUUAUCUGGAGGCAAAAAGGAAAGACCUACACGCCAUGAUCUAUGCUGGGGCGUUCGCGGUUCUAAAGCUAAACGGUCAGAGACCUACAGAUGUUACAAGUCGGAACGGAACUAAAAGGCAGCCAGCUUGGGAAAGGAGGCUAAGCAAGAACAUAGAUAAUAUCAGGAGCGAUAUAGCUAUCCUAACGCAGUACCAAAAACCGACAUACAGCCAAAGAGUGAAAAAGAAAGGGGACACAAUAAUGCGACGAUCAUCGAAGAAAACCCAACCAUAG